AUGAAUUUAACAAAUAUUAACGAAGGUAAUAGCAAUGAAAAUAUAGACGAAUCACAAUUUACAAUCGAAAAAGUGGAAGGAAUAUUGAGGUCAUUUUAUUUUCCGCAAAAUAAUGAUUAUAGUAAUUUACCAAGAAUUCAAGAAUGGUUGAUGUUAUUUCAAAGAUCAUUUUCAGCAUGGUCAAUAGCUCCUCUAUUAUUAUCUUCAAAUGUUAGAGAAAUUCAAUAUUUUGGAGCAUCAACAAUCGAAAAUAAAAUUAAAACAAGUUGGUUAUCAUUAAAUACAGAGUUAAAAGUAGAGUUUUUAGAUAGAUUACUUGUUUUCCUAAAGACACAGUUAUCAAAUUGUUCAACCAUAUCCAUCACUAGAUUGUGUUUAGCAGUAUCAGUAAUAGCAUGUCAUUCCACACCAGACUUAUGGUCAAACCCAAUAUUAGAUGUUUUACAAUUCUCUUUUCCCGAUAUUAAUAAUUUAGACCAAUUUAAUCCAAAUUUAAUAAAUUUAACCUUAGAGCUUUUAACAAUUUUCCCAGAAGAAUUAUUAAAUGCAGAUUAUAUCACACAAGAAAAAAGAAAUAAAGUUGGAUCAUUAUUUGGCAAAUAUAGCCCAAAAGUAUUCGAGGUUAUUUCAAAAAUUAUGACACUGCCGCAUAAUCAACAAACUACAGCAUUUAAAAAAUUAUCAUUGAAAAGUUUUAAAAGUUGGAUAUUGUUUGAUUGUUCCCCAAAGGAAUAUUUAGUUGAUAGUCAAAUUUUAACCACAUGUUUUGAAGCAGUCUCAAGUAAUUUACUAUUGGUAGAAGAUUUUUUAAUGGUAUUGGAUGAAUUAUUUACUUUGAUGGGUGGCAAAAUAUUUAGAAGUUAUUCAAAUUCAUUUGACUCAAUAUUAGAAAAAAUUUUAUCCAUAUUUCCACAAAUUUAUAUGUUGGCUUUAAAAGAAGAGAACCAAAUAUUUAAUCAAAUUUUUUUAUUAUUUACACACAUAGCAGAGAAUCAUAUAAAAUUAUUAUUAAAGAAUCCAAAGCUAUCAUCUGGAUAUUUUAAAGCACUUGUGGAGAUGGCCCUAAAAGGUGAUUUUGAAACAUGUGAAUUGUUAGCACCGGUUGUUACAGAAAUUGUAUCUCUCUCUGAUAAAUCUGAUAUUAGUGGAUGGUAUCAAUUCUUAUUAGAAAUUGUAGAGAUAUUUCGAUUAAAGUCCAUGUAUCCAAUAGAUCAAGAUAUAUCAUCACUUUAUUUAGAAGAUCAAGAAAAGUUUUUCGCAUUUCGUCAGAUAGCAGGUGAUGUCUUAUUGGAUAUUUUUGCAAUUUUAGAGAAUCAAGUAUUACAGCAACUAUUAAAUCAACUAUGGUCAGAUAUUCAAUCAUACCCAAACAAACAAACUUGUUGGCAAUCAAUUGAAUCUACCGUUUAUUUAUUGGGUUGUCUUUCUGAAGGCAUCACUGAAAAUGUCGAUUUUAUACCCCAACUAUUUUCUUUACUCGGUCAAUUGCCAAUUCAAUCAACUCCCCUAAUUAAAAGUACAAUGAUUUUAGCUGGUAAAUAUUCAAAUCUAAUGGAUAAAAGUACUCAAUUUUUAGAAAAGAUUGUGCGUGACUUCUUUCCUGCUUUUACAAAUCCAGAUUUAAAGUCUGUUGCAAGUCAAUCGUUUUUAUCAAUUUCAAAAAAUCCCAAAUGUGCUCAAUUAUUAUCAACUGGAAUCAAUCAAUUAAUAGAGUUAUGCUCACCAGUAUUAUUAAAAAAUAAUAAAGUUAUCAUCGAUGAACCAUCAAAUUUUUUUAUUAUUGAAGCAUUAUUAUAUAUAGUUUCGGUUCUUCCAACAAAAUCAGAUAUUUUAAACUAUUCAACACAGUUAUUAUCACCAUUUAUAUUAUAUAUGAAACAUUAUUCAAUACUAUCUCAACAAGAACAACCAAAUGAAAAACCAAAUACUCAGUUAUUGUUAUCAUCAUUAAAUUUACUUACAGAUUUUUGCAAAGUUUAUGACGAUGGAGGUGAGCAAACUCUUACCGAUGAAGAGCAAAAAGAAAAAGAUGAUAUAAAUAGGCCAGUAUAUCAAAUUAUAAAUCAUAUCAUAUCGAUAAAUGGUGAUUUAUUAGGGCUAAAAAAAUUAGAUAAUUCAAUUAUAGAGGCAAUUAGUAUUUUUUAUAAGAAAGCAAUUUUAAUUUCAUAUAAUUCAAAUAUUGCAGAAAUUAAUAGACAAUUAACAAUGGCAUUUAAUCAUACUCCACUUAGCAUUGUUUUAAAUUCACUAUCGAUGUCGAUUGCCAGUUUACCUAAUCAACAACCUUUUGGAUUUUUGGUCGAAUCAUUAGCAUUAAUUACAAAUAAAAUGGUAGAUAUUUGGAAGAACCCAUCAAAACAAGAUAACCCGAAAAAACAUGCAGAUUUCGAAACUAUUAAUCAACAACAAAAACAAAAUCAAUCAUUUUUAGCGUCAACAAAUUUAAAUGAAUUUUUAAAUUUCAAUUUAUCAAUUUACCCAGAUAUCACCAAAGAAUUCUUUUCAUUAAUAGGUCAAUAUAUUAAAUAUAAUGUAAACUCAAUACCUAGCGGAGUUAUUUCAUACUUAUUCUCUAUAGUUUUAGCAAAUAUUACAAAUAUAAAUGAUAAGAUUACUGCGCGUGCUUGUUUGUCUUUUUUAUCGAUCACUAUUACCAAAACUAAGGAAAUGAAGGACGAAACAAAUUGGCAAUCUUUCUUUGCCGAAGUAAAUAAUUGGUUUACAAUCCACGGCGAUAUUUUAAUAAGACAAAUUUUAUUCUCUGCUGGUGGGGGUGCUCCAAGAAGCCAAAUUCAGUUUGUAGCAGAAGUGAUAGCUUCUUUAACAUCAUCAUAUCCCGACCUAUUUAGACAAUCAGCUUUAAAAAUUUUAUCUGUAGAUGGAUUCCCCUCAAAUCAUAUCACAAAAGAUCAAAAAGAGAAAUUCUUGAAUUCUUUAAUGUCAUAUAGGAACAAAAAGCUUCCAACAAAAAUUAUUCAAGACUUUAGUUUAGUUUCAUUAGGUAUAAGUAAUAAAACAAUCUAG